AUGGGCGUGUGCACGUUUCCGACGGUGCUUGUCACAGCGCUGUCGCUUGCUCCCGGGCCACGGCCACGCUUCGCGUCCCUGGCGACACCGGCGGGCCCGUCAAUCCCCGCCUGUAGGACGGGCGCCGUGCUCUGCAGCGGCAGCGAGGGCGGGCCUGCCGAGCCACCGGCCGCCGCCCCGCCGCCAGUGGCCGCGGACGUCCUGCCUGCACUGGCGCUCUCCUUCCUCACCCUCGAGGCUGCGCAGCUCGGGGCGGUGACACUCGCCGCCUGGUGUCUCGGCAGCCCGUUCUCGGUGGGCAGCGCCGGUGCAUUUUCCAUCGCCGCCAUCGGCGCCUCCGGAGGAGCGGCCGCGGAGCAGGCGCCCGAUGCACUAGCUCGACUGCUCGGCGCCGCGAAAGUUGCGUUCCUCUCGCGUUCGCCGACGCGUCUCUUUCGUCUCGCCACCGGCAUCUGGAGGGUUCCACCCGUGCUGCGCAUGCUUCGAAAGGCACCGACCGAGCGACGGCUGGCCUUCGUGCGGCGUCGCGCGGUGCGGCUGUCCGCGUGCCUCUGCGGACUAGCGCUCGUGCUCCUGGCUGCGGGCGGCCUGCUUCCAAAAGCGCCCACAGGCACCCCUCCCGUCGCCGCAUUUGUCGGCCUCAUCGCCCGUCGGCUGGACGGCGAUGCGGACGGCCGGGAGGCAGUCAAAGACAUGAGCCUCCUGUGCACACUGCUGCGAAUGCAGGCGGCGACCGCUGCGGCGCGGGUCGACUUCCUCGUCGCGGUUGCGAGGCGCGUGCGCCCUCUCGCCGCGCUCCUCGACUUGGCCGAGCUCGAUGGGGCGUGCCUGCGUGCCGCCCGAGCCGCCUGGUCGCGCGCCAGCGGCAUGGCAAGCGUGCGCCCACUCGCCGACGCCGAGUGGCUCGGGCGCGGGGGAGAGUGGGUCCGAUGGCUCUGGCGCGAGGCCGCGGCGUGCUUUGCAGCUGUUUUUGGCGCUGAGGGCCUCGGUUGCGCGGUGGAUUGA